AUGCACUACCUCCUGCUUUGUGCUCUCAUCUUCCUGCCCGAGACUCCUGCUUUUCCACUACAACAAAGACCACAACCACUGAGCAUCAUAGACCUUGAGAAAGUAAAGGGAUAUCUUGAUAAAUUCUUUCCAAUUUUGUCAAAAACACAAAACCUAAGCAUAGAAGAAAGGAUUAAAGAAAUGCAGAAGUUUUUCCACCUGACUGUAACUGGAAAACUAGACAAAGAGACAGAAGAAAUUAUGACAAUGCCCAGAUGUGGUAUGCCUGAUGUAGCAGAAUAUCAAACAUUUCCUGGAACUCCAAGAUGGAAAAAGACACAUUUAACUUACAAGAUUCUCAGUUAUACACAGGACCUACCCAGACGGAAAGUGGAAGAUGCAAUUAGAAGGGCCUUGAUGGUAUGGAGUGAUGUGACUCCACUGCAAUUCCGAAAAGUUGACAGAGGCCGUGCGGACAUUGAGAUUAGAUUUGCUCGUCGUGAACAUGGAGAUGGAUCUCCUUUUGAUGGAAGAGGUGGCACGCUGGCCCAUGCCUUCGCACCUGGAGACGGGAUUGGUGGAGAUGCUCAUUUUGAUGAUGAUGAAAAAUGGUCAGAUGUCAAUCAAGAUGUCAAUUUGUUCCUCGUUGCUGCUCAUGAAUUUGGACAUUCUUUGGGACUUGCUCACUCCAAUGUCCGUGGAGCUCUCAUGUACCCUCUCUACUCCUAUCAGAACCCACAAACCUUCAGACUCCCGGCAGACGACAGGAGAGGAAUUCAGAAGUUAUACGGGAAAAAGCCAUCAAACUCUUGA